AACUCCGUUCACCGACUACAUGACUUGCUAAUGGCCAGCAGUGGACAACCGCCGCCCUCAUACAAGCCUUAUCGUCUUCACAAAACCUUGAGAGCUCACGAUCGCGCGGUCUCCUGUGUAAAGUUUUCCAACGACGGCACCCUUCUAGCCUCGGCCUCCCUCGAUAAAACCCUAAUCAUCUGGUCGGCCUCAACCUUCUCCUUCCUCCACCGCCUCGAGGGCCACUCUGAGGGCGUCUCCGAUCUUGCUUGGUCCUCGGAUUCCCACUACAUCUGCUCUGCCUCUGACGAUCGCACUCUCCGCAUCUGGGAUGCUCGGCCCCCCUUCGACUGCCUUAAAACUCUCAAAGGCCACUCCGAUGUCGUAUUCUGCGUGAAUUUCAAUCCUCAGUCCAAUCUCAUUGUCUCCGGCUCCUUUGACGAAACGAUUCGAAUUUGGGGGGUGAAGACUGGGAAAUGCAUUAGUGUGAUUAGAGCUCACUCUAUGCCGGUUACCUCGGUGCAUUUUAACAGGGAUGGUUCUUUGAUUGUUUCGGGGAGUCAUGACGGGUCUUGCAAGAUUUGGGAGGCGUCGACGGGAGCGUGCUUGAAGACGCUUGUUGAGGAUAAGGAUCCGGCAGUGUCAUUUGCCAAGUUCUCUCCCAAUGGAAAGUUCAUUCUUGUGGCUACUCUUGACAGUACUCUUAAACUUUCGAAUUACUCUACUGGGAAGUUCUUGAAGAUUUACACAGGUCACACGAACAGGGUGUACUGCAUAACCUCAACAUUCUCUGUGACAAAUGGGAAAUACAUAGUUAGUGGGUCAGAAGACAAGUGUGUUUACUUGUGGGAUCUCCAGCAGAAAACUAUGGUUCAGAAACUUGAAGGUCAUUCUGAUACUGUCAUUUCUGUAACCUGUCAUCCAACUGAGAAUAAGAUAGCUUCUGCUGGCCUUCAUGCUGAUAGAACCAUUAAAGUUUGGAUUCAAGAUCCCUGAAUUGGUAACAUCGGAGAAAGGUUUUCGGAUUGACUGAUCAUUAGUCAAGAUCUUUUACCUUAUGAACUGUUGAAAGACAUUUCAUGUCUCAUUGUAAUCCAUACAUAAUUAUAUAAUGUAUAAUGUGGACUAAAAAGCUAUAUUUCAUUUGCCAAUUCAAACUGAUUUGGUGCGAAA